GGAGGAAGCUCGCUCACAGCACAGCACAGACCGACUGCUGCCCAGCCUAGCCGGGUAGAGUGAGCGAGGUGUGGAACGAAAGAUGGUGGAAUUGCAGGGAAUGGAACGGACCGCAAGCUUCCAGGAACACCGAUAUUGAAGAACCUGAGUUUGGAGCUGGUGUGUUCUAACGCGGCCAUGUAUGCCCUUUUCUGUCUAAGGAGCCAGUGACCUACACUGACACGAGCCACAAGGCCACUGAGAUCCACGGAACCAUAGGGUCCAACCCCAACUCCGCCCCCCUGACCUCUGCCCUGAGAAGCCACCUCACCACCCUCCACACCUAUAGAUGGUUCUAGAAGAAGCCCUUCCACUGAGCUGUGUUUUUCCCAGACGGCAGGCGAUGCAUUCCGCCUAGACUCUUUCCCCGACCAAACCGAGGCAGCCAUGAACCCCGAGGAGGUGGAGCAUGGCCAGGAGCUGAUCGAGCCCGUAGAAGCCGACCUGCCCCCUCCUCAACGCCGUCGCCACGACAACCGCACCGCCACCAACAACGGUCGACCACGGCAGCCUAGCAACCACAGUAGUGAAAACAACAACCACGCUGCUCCCCGCUACAGGAGAUAUAAUGACGCUCCUGGCGCAGGUGGCAGCAGGGUCAGAGGGGCCCCACAAUGCAGGUCAACAGAGGAGCCAGAGGCGGAACUGCACCUGGGGGCCCAGUCCCCUCCCCAACCCCAGCAGCAGCAGGCCCAGGGUCAGUCACAGCCCAUCCUGCGUCCUGCAGUGACACGUUACCGCAGACAGGGGGACAGCGAGGCCAGGCUCAGAGCACAGCAGCAGAGACACAUACAGAGACAGCAGAGAGAGGCUGAGAGGGUACACCAACAACAACAACAACCUCUGCCAACCCCACAGCCUGUUCACUCUCUACCCCCAGAACGAGAAGAGCCGGAGGAGGAUGAGGAGGAGAGAGGGAGGUAUACAGAGAGGGAGACAGAGGGGGAUAACUUUGCGUUAGCCCGUUCUGCCAGCACGGAGAGCGCUUUCCACACACACACAGACCGGGCGGAGGGCGACUGCGUCAUGGCCCUAGAUCUUGAGGCAGAGGACGAGGGCGGUACUUACGAGGUGAUGCUUCGCCCAGAGGCGGAGGGAUACACAGAGAGCGCUGAGUCAGAGCAGCACCAUCCCCACCCUCAGCCCAACCUGAACCUCAACUACCCCCCUCAGCCCCCUCCCUUACCCCGGGAACCCCUACCAGACGUUGGGAGACCCCCCAGUCAGGAGGAGGCAGAGGAAACCUUGAACCCUGGGGGUGGUUACUCUAACUACGUCUACACCCAACCUCUCAACCUCCAUGGGGGAGGGGCCAGGGUGCCGGGGGGACGGGACAGCAGCGUCGAGGAAGGGAUGGAGCCUAAAGACGAGGCAUAUUCUGAAGCCUACCACUACUCCCUGACAGAACAUGUGUAUGAGGAGAUCAACGACGCGCCCUCUGCUGCUGCUGCUGAGGGGGCGGGGCCUACAAAUGCCAACGAGAACCUCCAGCAGAGAAAGGCGGGGUUCCGUCUGUUUGAGGGGAGGGACGGGGGCGGGGACUACUGGCAGCAGGAGGCAGUGGGGUCGAGGCUGCACCACUACGACGAGCGCUCGGACGGCGAGUCAGACAGCCCUGAGAAGGAGGCGGAGUUUGCUCCGUACCCGCGGGCAGACAGCUGCGACCAGGACGGUGAAGAGGACAUCAACAUGAUCGUCAGAGAGAGUGCCAGCUCUCAGAGUCUGGAGAGAGCUGCUGCUGGGUUGGGGGAGGGAGGGGACAAAGAAGACAUGAUGAAAGGAGGAGAGGAAGAGGGAGACUCUUACAACUCCCAAUCCGACGCCCCCACAGACUCCAAACAUCCCAAGGGAGAGAUGGAGAUUGAGGGGGAUGAGAGAGAAGGAGAGAACGUUCCAGCCCCAGCAGACAGUCCCUCUGAGGACUCGUCUGGGGUUCGUAACAGUCGUGAGAAAAGAGACGCCAUCACCCUGGCCAUAAAGGACAUCAAGGAGGCCAUAGAGGAGGUGAAGACCAGGACGGUGAGGUCACCCUACACCCCUGAUGAGCCUAAAGAACCCAUCUGGGUGAUGAGACAGGACCUGAGUCCCACCGCUGAGUGUUGUGACCUGCAGCCCUCACUAGGGGGCGACUCUCCAGGUUCAGACUCUCAGGCCUCUCCUCAGGGGGCGGAGUCUUCAAUCCGGACACCCAUGCUUGAAGGGAGUGAAAGCUUCGAGUCUCCACCGCUUUCCACUAAAGAGUCCAGGAGAAGCCUGGCCUCCUUUCCUACCUAUGUAGAAGUCCCAGGUCCAUGUGACCCAGAGGACCUGAUCGAUGGGAUCAUCUUUGCUGCUAACUACUUGGGCUCCACCCAGUUACUGUCUGACAAGACCCCCUCCAAGAACGUCCGCAUGAUGCAGGCCCAGGAGGCUGUCAGCCGCAUCAAGACGGCCCAGAAAUUAGCCAAAAACAAGAAGAAGGCUCCAGAAGGUGAGGCCCAGCCCAUGACGGAGGUGGACCUCUUCAUCUCCACCCAGAGGAUUAAAGUCCUCAACGCUGACUCACAGGAGACUAUGAUGGACCACACUCUGAGGACCAUCUCCUACAUCGCUGACAUCGGCAACAUUGUGGUUCUGAUGGCAAGGCGCCGUAUGCCCCGCCCAGACUCCAUGGACAGCGUGGAGGCGUCAGACCCCGCCGAGGACGAGAAACAAAGGCAGUACAAGAUGAUCUGCCACGUCUUUGAGUCCGAGGACGCCCAGCUGAUUGCUCAGUCUAUAGGCCAGGCCUUCAGUGUGGCGUACCAGGAGUUCUUGCGGGCUAACGGCAUCAACCCAGAGGACCUGAGUCAGAAGGAGUACAGUGACCUGCUCAACACUCAGGACAUGUACAACGAUGACCUCAUACACUUCUCCAAGUCUGAGAACUGCAAAGACAUUUACAUCGAGAAGCAGAAAGGUGAGAUUCUGGGCGUGGUCAUUGUGGAGAGUGGGUGGGGCUCCAUCCUGCCCACAGUCAUUAUCGCCAACAUGAUGCAUGCUGGUCCGUCGGAGAAGUCAGGCCGUCUUAAUAUCGGAGACCAGAUUAUGUCUAUCAACGGGACCAGUCUGGUGGGGCUACCCCUGUCCACCUGCCAGACCAUUAUUAAGGGUCUGAAGAACCAGUCUCGUAUCAAGCUGAACAUCGUCAGGUGUCCUCCUGUUACCACUGUGCUCAUCAGACGACCUGACCUCAGAUACCAGCUGGGCUUCAGCGUACAGAAUGGCAUUAUCUGCAGCCUUAUGCGAGGGGGCAUCGCUGAGAGGGGAGGGGUCAGGGUCGGCCACCGCAUCAUCGAGAUCAAUGGCCAGAGCGUGGUGGCCACGCCCCACGAGAAGAUCGUCCACAUCCUGUCCAACGCCGUGGGAGAGAUCCACAUGAAGACGAUGCCAGCUGCCAUGUACCGCCUGCUAACUGCCCAGGAGCAACCUGUUUACAUCUAGUGAUGACCUCCCUCUCCUACCCGACAUCCGACCUCACUCCCUGAUGACGUCACCCCUGAUCCCCAGCAUCACUGCACCCUCUAUGUGUGAGCAACUCCUCCCCCUCCCUCAAACCCCAGAUCACCACUGGAGACUGAAGCUUCUUAAUCCUUACAAACGGACGUAUCACAUGCUCUGGAUUACUAUUUUAUCCAAUAUGAUUGUUUUGCUGUGGAGAGUAUAGUUUGGCUGAAAAAGACAGCUUGUUCCAGCCCCUCCCAUACUGAGGGUUGCUUCCUGAACUUCCCACUGACCUUCCCUUCAUUCCCAUGUUUCUUUCUCUCCCUCUCUCUGUUUCUCUCUCUCUAUCCCUCUCCCUCUCACUUUCUAUCGGUCUCCCUCCCUUCUCUAUCCGUCUCUCUCUCUCACCGGCUGCACUCGUCUGAUGUAAUGUUGAAUACUUCUGUGUUCUCCCACAACACAAACAAAAAGAGAGGGAGUGUGAAACUUGCUGAUAAACAAGUGUUACUACUCUGAACAACAAACUCCUAUCACUCCUCGUCAUAACAUGCCAUGCCUUCCGUCUAACGUUAAUGAAUGUCCAAGCAGGGAGGACUUUUCCCGACUCUGGAAGUCCACCAGGAAAGAUAAAGAAAACCAAACGUUCCCAUCCCACUUUUUUUUUUUUUUUUUUAAGGCUGAGCAUUCCAAGUUUCUCCACGCCCAUCUGUUUUAGUCAGGCCUCAUCAAGGGAAGGCUACACUACAUAGACCAAAUUAUUUAAAACCUUCCAAAGGAAUUCACAUUCCCUUCUGAAAUAACACGCAGUCCAGGAAAAACAGUUCUACAAGGCUAGAGGACAGCUUUGUAAGACAGUGUUUAGACAGAAGCCAGCCCUGAAAUGGGAGCUUUUGAAAGUAAAAAUGUAAUUCUAUCUAUUGCCAGGACAACAAAAUAACACGGUCUAGUUCUCACAUGGAAUUAGCAUUGAUAGCAAAACGCUCUCCAUCCUCAUCUUUCCCUUCAGCAUCCUCUUGAACUGAAAACUAUGAUUAGGUGACAACAGAACUCACAACCACUAUUACGGAAGGAAAAAAAACAAACACUUGCUAAUAUUUUUUCAAAAUCGGUUAGGCUAAUCACAUACUAUUUCAUCAAAACACCAUAUGUCUUAAGGGUUUACAGUCACUCUGAGACCAGAGCUUAAAGUAAAUGCCCAGUGUUUCCAGAUUUCUAUGAAAUAUGACCAAUAAUUACAAUAUGAGUGAAAUGGUUUUCGUUUUAAAAUUGGUAUGUUAAAAAGUAGCUUUUCUGUGUUGGAUUGGUGUGGGCGUACCCCAAAAACAGAAUAGUGUGGCCGUAUACCGGUCAUUAAAAAUAUUCACGCAAGUAGACUGCUGAUUGACCAGUUCAGCCUCCUCUAGACAGCUGAUUGGCCAGCUCAUCCUCCUCAGGGAGAUAUGUCUAUGAGAAAAUAGUUUGUUUGAGAUACAAGUUUGAGGUGGGGUUUUUGAAGUGUUUUUGUCUACAAUUUAUGCUUUGGUCACAUAGUCAACAACAUUCUUUGGAUAUGAGUUAACAGCAUAUUAACUUUUAAAGUGAGAUUUUAACUGGGUGGUUACUUUAAGCCAUACGUUACAUUUCACAUAGGUUGUAUCCCAAAUGGCACCCUAUUCCCUAUAGUGCACUACUUUUAAGCAGGGCCCAUAGGGCAUGGGUCGAAAGUAGUGCACUAUGUAGGGGAAAGGGUGCCAUUUGGGACGCCACCACAAAGGUUCUGUACUGUAGGCUCUGGUGGUGGAAUACAGUAGACGCUAAAACUGUUCAGAUCCAUCUUAGGCUGAGGAGAGAUAGCAGAGAUCAACCAGAUGUGUAUAGAAUACCUCAGACUUUGGCACCAAACUGAAGUUCAGGAUUGAAUUUUUUUUUUUGCGAUCAGGACAGUUGGAUUAGAUUGUGUUACAGUACAACCUUAAAAACAACCUGCAAUGAAAUGAUUUUAUAUUUUCAUUACCAAGGAUUUUACAUUCCUCUGUCUUAUUUAAUAUUUAAAAAAAUGUCUUGAAUAUAAUCUGCAAUAUUUAUGCCAGAGUAUACUGUAAUUCUGUUUAUAGGUCAUAAUAUUGCAUUUGGAUCUCAAUCUUUAUACUUGAAGGAUGCUUAUCAUAGUACAAGAAAUGGGUCAUUAGUUUAUUUAAAAAACAUGAUUUAUUAUUUUAUUUUUUGAUUUUAUUUUGUUAUCUCGCUAAUGUGAUGAAAUGAAAGUACUUUGAGUCAACAUAUAUCAUCUCCCUGGUGUACAUGAUUCACAAGUCCUCAAAUGUAUCUCUGUUGAAGUGGAUAGAAGUUCCCCUCCUGUUUAUGUUGGGCACUGCUGCCUUUCUGACUAGAAGUGAUUAAUGAGGCUACAGUGUUUUGAGACUAGGAGCUCGAUUCAAUCCUUAUCGGCGAAUAGCAACUUGACAUUUAAAGGUCAUUUCUGAUUUAGCCAACAUAUGCAGCAUUUACCGUGAAUUCAGUCUCCGCGAACGCAGGAAUAGUGCCUUUACAUUUCAAUCGCGCUAUAGCGCCAAACUUCGGCGAUACGGAUUGAAUCAAGCCCUAGUAACUAAGGCAAGAUGCGACGACUUACCACUGGUAAUGAACACGUCAACCACAAUGGAAGCAUUAUUAUGUAGUAGUAAAUUGAUGAGCAGAUGCUCUGAUUAUGGCCUUGCUGUAGGAGUGUCAGCUAAUGCAGAUGAUGGAUUGAUCAUGGGAAGGAAUGACUAAUGGUGACGUUAUGAUUCCUCCUCUAUAACCACAUAUCCUCCCUUUCAUUGAUCUGUCUGGCCUGCCGUAUACAUUUCAUAACCUAUUUUCUUCACAAUGAGAAAUAAGACUCUUCUCACUCUAGCUCUACUCUGGGUCUGUAGCUUACUUAAGAAUCAGACCUAGUUAUUUUAGAAUGUUUUAAAAUGUAAUUCUGAAAUGUCUAGAACUCUAGACAAUAAAAAAAAAAAAAUGAAUUCCAGGAAGCUUCCACCUUGUUUAACGUGAAUGAGCUUUGACCUCCUGCCCAGACAUCCUCUCCCUCACUUCGUGUCUCCCGUGUCACUUCCCGCUUGAGACACGCCCCCUCUGGAUUGGUGUUUACAAACUGUCAUGGGACAGUUUCCGGGUUUCGGAGUGGACACACAUUAUGACGUGUGUCAUAAUAACACCUCUGUAGGAGGGACACAUUCUGUUGCGACACCUCUGCUACACUGACUUGUGGAGGGGACACACAUUAUGACGCUACACCUCUUGCAAAGUGCUGUUGGAGCACCCUGCCACCUGAGCUUGUGUGCCAAACGUUGACCCUUCCCCUCUGCCCUACUCUCCCCUCUAAACCAUUGAUUGUUCCAAAUGUCUAUUCUAUCUCCUCCCUAAAUCAAAUUUUGGCCUUAUUUAUUACUGUACUUAUGACAUUGAACUACUAAAUGAUACUGAAAAAGUUGUUCCUGUACGGUUGACCACAUGAUGUUCUAGCAUGGUUUAUCUAUGGAGUCACCGGUCGGUCGGUAAUAUGCUGUAUCAUUCCUGCUUCUAGUGUGUGUGGUGUGUAAUGACAACUUCUUUACUCCAUGUUAAACCAAAACCAGCUGGACUACAUAAUAUAUACAUAAAUAUAUAUAAAGGUAUAUAUACUUCUAAUGGUUAUUUGUGUGUUUGGAUUGACCAUAUAAGCAAGCUUCAAUGAAUAACAAGUAACGUGAAAAGAGAAUUCAGACUGAUGGCAAGGGCCCUUAACGUGACUCUGAAAGAAGUGGUUUCAUAUGAACUAGAGAUGGAGUUGAUUGUGUGAAAAUACAUAACUGUACAUAUUUGACUAGCGCACAAGGUCACAAACACAGGGGCGUAUUGCUAUAGACCUCCCCCGCAAGAAAGUUGUACUUUGUAAAGAGAUGGGGAGCAAACAUGCACUUGAGUAGAUGGUGACUGAGAGGUGGGAUAGCUAGUGUUUAUAAUGCACUGUCUUGAAUGUAAUUAAUCUAAAAAAAAAACACUUUCUGUAAGGCUAUGGCAAUGUUUAUUUAUUUGCUAGCUUUUCUGUGAUGUUACAGUUAUUGAACUACAUUACCUUACCAGAACUGGAAUGUUUGUAACGGUAUUUACAACAAUAAACUACUUGCAAAAGGACAGAA